AUGGUGGAGAGUAGCAAACGAAAAGCCGCAGAAGCUGGCUUUUCACGCUCGCAUCUAGACACGGAACAGACUCUCGCCGAUAUCCAGCCCUCCGAAACGUCAAAUACGGCUCAUAUCUACGGUGCAGUAGCUAACAGUAUGAGCGGCAAAGACUCAAACCUCUCUGUCCCGCGGGACUGGACCGUGGCUGAAUCCAAGUCUUCUCGGAAGAAAAGACGCAAAAUUGAACGAGAUCCGGACGGCGACCCCAGCAUCAGCUUCCUCAAAGGAAGACCUGAACGUGUUGAUCUCAAGGCGUUACAAGACCUUGUCCUCUAUAUUUUGUCGGAUGGCAUCGCACCGACCUGGCUGGCUGUUAAGAACGCUAAGCAGAUCAAGAAGGUGGUGGUCUUGAUGGUUCCCUCCCUCGAUCGCACAAUGCUGGAGGACUCAGCGCUAUGGAACACCAUAUCUGAAGACGGCGAGAUAACUGGCAUGAACAAGCCUGACGAACCAUCUUCGGGCCAUGAUUCUGCUUCUCAAGCUCAAAGUUCAGCCUCAGCCGACACUUCACCCAUGGAUUCGCCACCAGAAACUGCCCUCCAUUUCCCAUCAAGCCAUGUCUCUCCAGGAAACUUGGGAGAUCGUCUCCUCCAACACAUCAUCGAAGUUCGUGCCCCGGGAGAUUCACGUCUGAGCAGAGUUCACUCUCCACUUCAGGGCAUGCUCAUCGCGCCAUUCUCGGAAACUUCCAAGCAGAAAGCCCAGAAAAGCAAGAAUGACAAGUCAUUCCACGGUUCCCGCACUCCCAUCGUAGACUUCAUCCAUUCACUCAACGAACUUCAAGAAGCAGAAUAUCCGAUCCACCCCGCAGCGUUUACGGAUCCGAAAGAUGCACAGCUAGAGAAGGAGCGAAGAGAGAGAACAGGCCAGUCUACUCCUUCUGGCUGGGUGGACACCGAUGUCUCUGUGCCCAGGCCGCAGGUCAUGUCUUCUCCUCCUCCAAAGGUGUACGAUUCUUUGACGCAGGGUCUGAAACCAUAUGCUUUGGAUUGCGAGAUGGUUCUGACAAGCGAUGGAAAGCAUUCCCUUGCGCGCGUCUCUGUCCUUGACUGGGUCGGCCGAACUGUGGUGGACAGGUAUGUCAAGCCGGCGCUGGCCAUCGAGAAUUACUUCACAGAAUUCUCUGGCAUAACCGAAAAAAUCCUUGAAAAUGUCACGACGACCUUGGAAGACAUUCAGAAAGAGCUACUCCACAUCUUCAGACAGGACACGAUCCUCCUUGGCCAUAGUCUCGAGUCUGACCUCAACGCGCUGAAAAUGACCCAUCCGUUUGUGAUUGACACGUCAAUCAUCUAUCCACACCCACGCGGUCUGCCCCUACGCUCCUCCCUGAAGUUUCUAGCAAACCGUUAUCUCAAACGGGAGAUUCAAAAGGGCGGAAUGAGCGGCCAUGACAGCGUGGAAGACGCCAGGGCGGUAUUGGACCUGGUAAGGCUGAAAUGUGACAAGGGACCUACGUGGGGGACUUUGGAAGCCAACGGCGAGAGCAUCUUCCGAAAGAUUGGAGGGACGCUGAAGAUGGACGCCGAGGGAGAGGUUGUGCUUAAGACCACAGCCAUGGUGGAAUACGGAACACCGGAGAGGGGACUGGGCAGAGAUGCAACAUACAAGAUUGGUUGUUCGAAUGAUGACGAGAUUGUACGGGGAGUUUUAAGGGCUGCUCAUGGAGAUCCAGUUGACGAGGCAACAGCGACGGAAGAGAGUAGCAAAAAUGCUGCUGAAUCGAACCGUGCAGGGCAUGAUGAAGAGAAAGCACCCCAAGCCCCCGAUCAGACCAUUCCGCCAGGUGGCGCUGAUUUUAUCUGGGCUCGACUUCGCGACCUCGAAGCCGCGCGAGGCUGGAAUAUCCAUCCCAGCGACAAGUUUCCGGCGUCUAGCUCUGCCUUUGCUGCCGACGUGCCCCUACCGAACGACCAAGCAGAAGAACAUCUCAGAAUUACCCUACGUCAAACCGCUCAACGCAUCUAUCGAAUCUAUGCUAACCUACCUAGUCGAACGCUGCUCAUUAUCUACAGUGGUACUGGUGAUAUGCGGCCGCUUCUACGGCUGCAACAGCUUCAGGCCCAAUUCAAACGGGAGUUCAAAGUCAAGAAGUGGAGCGACAUCUCAGUGAAAUGGACGGAUGUUGAGGAGCAAGAGAUGAAGAAGGAGUGUGAGAGAGCAAGACAGGGAGUCGGGGUCCUGGCACUUCGAUGA